AUAUGGAAUAAAUAAACAUGACUUGUGUGGAUAACCUUUUCUACCAUGCUCAUCCUCAGAAUCACAUAAGAUGAAAAACAUUAAACAACAUGCAGUGGAUGUGACCCUGGAUCCUGACACAGCAAACCCCCAUCUCAUCCUGUCUGCUGAUGGGAAACAAGUGAAGAUUGGCGCAUGGAAGAAUCUCCCAGAUACUCCAAAGAGGUUUAGUCAUGCUGCCAGUGUGUUGGGAAGAGAGGGCUUCUCCUCUGGCAAAUUCUACUAUGAGGUUCAGGUUAAGGGGAAGACUAAGUGGGAUAUAGGAGUGGCCAGGGAGUCCAUUAACAGGAAGGGAGACAUAACACUGAGGCCUACAUAUGGAUACUGGACAAUAGGGCUUAUAGAUGGGACCUACAAGACUCAAGCUGAUACCCAUGUUCCCCUCUCCCUGAAUGGAACGCUUCAAACAGUGGGGGUGUUUGUGGACUAUGACGCAGGUCUGGUCUCCUUUUAUGAUGCAGAUUGCUGGGAUCAUAUCUACUCAUUUACCAAUGUGUCCUUUACUGAGAACAUCUAUCCAUUCUUCAGCCCCGAUAAUAAUAAUGAUGGUAGAAAUUCAGCUCCUCUCAUAAUCACCCCAGUCUUGUCCCCAGUGCUUGCCCGAUCAACUUCGUGA